AAAAUUCGCCAUAGCCAAAGCUUCACGAAACGACGCAGAGGAAAAUGGGAAGCAGACUGGGAAGAAGAGUCGUCCAUUUCGCGAAUCUACCGAUCAAAUUGCUCAUGCCAUCUUCCUUCACCAACAUCAGAGAAAUCGCCCUCAAAACCAUCCCUUCCGCUUCCAAGAUCGAGAUCAAAAGAGUCCUGGAAUCGCUGUACGGAUUCGAGGUGGAGAAGGUGGAAACCCUAAACAUGGAGGGGAAGAAGAAGAAGCGAGGAGGACUACUGAUUGCGAAGCCUGAUUACAAGAAGGCGUACGUCACGCUGAGAAGUCCGCUUUCGAUCAAUCCAGGUCUGUUUCCGAUUCCGGCGAUCGAGGACGAUAGGAAGAGAGCGAACAAGCAGUCGGAGACCGGCAUUGUUGAGGAUCCGGACGCCGCGAAGAAAUCUCACUGGCUAGACAAUACCCGCGGCGGGAAGGCAAGCAAUAGCAGGACGGAACGGCGUCGUUUUGCAGGACGCGGCCGUGGGAGCGGCGCAGAGAGGGCGGAGGCGGCGACGCCGGCGAAGUUUCCGUGGAGCAGUAUGAGAGGUUUAGGAAAGUAAUUUGAUAAGAGAGUGUAAUUCUGAUGUUAUUUUCUUCAUCAGAAAUUGUUCUGGAAAAUAGGUUCCGUCCCUAAACUUUUAACAAUUGUUCUGAUCAUUAUUUGUAUUCUUAACUCAUAAUAAUUUA